CUGCGCCCGCCGAGCUAUCGUGCAUGAGGUAGACUCUGUGUAGCGUGCAUCCGCCUCAUUCCUCUACCCCAAGUGCACAUAUCUCUCCAAGUGACCUUGACAUCAUGGCCGACGAUAACCAUUUUUUCGAUGCCUCGUCACUCUCUCCUCUACAUCAGAAUAAUACAAACACUCCCCGUUCCAACAUCCCUCGUCGUUCCCUCUUCAACUCAUCGCCUAAUCAUUUCGUCCCGACUCCAUCUACCCCCACUCCUGCCCCCGCCCUUCUCACCUUGGACUCGUCGCGCAAUAUCGCCGGCGACUCUUCUCCAAGUCUGGAUUCUCCAUCAUCUCCCGAGGACCAUGUCCGCGCUACUGUCAACCGUCGGAGAAUACCUCGCGUGGAGAAGGACGUCGAUGAUCCCAGUAACCCGAUCGCAUCAAGCCGCUACUCGGUCAACAGGCAGCAGAGCACUACCCUCACCACCCUCAGUCGUCUCUUUGCUGUCCAGUCGGUAGCUUCUCCCCCUGACUACCGCCCUCUGUCCGACUCUCAACUACCAGAGGGCCCUCCCAUUACAUCUGCUGCUGCUCGUGAUACCGCACCUUUGCAUGAUCAUCUGUAUACAAGAGGUCUUCUAGGAGGCCGUCACUCAGAUAUCACCGUUCACGUUUUUGGUUACCCAUACAAGCUUCACCGCCUUAUUCUGGACCGAGCAACUUUCUUCGCGUCGGCUUUGUCUGGACCAUGGCUAGAAAGCAAAGCAAGCGAAAUCACUCUGCAUCCAGAGGACAUCGACACCAACAUCACACAAGUCUCAUUCGAGCUGGCUUUGAAGCGACUUUAUGGUGCCGCAAUUUCGCAAGAAGAAGAUGCAGAAGCAGUUAGCCUGUUUGCUACUGCCUGUUGGUUGGAGAUGCCGGACUUGAUUGACUCGAGCAUAGAGUCCAUGCUGCGACAGAUGUCAACGGCCACACUUGCGCCCUUGAUCAAGUUGGUCACUAGCAACUAUUACGGUAGAUCUGGAGACAAGAUCCUUGCGUCAGCCAAGGCUAUGCUAUGUCGAGAUGGCUGGAAGAUGUCUACAAAGUACUGGGAUGGCAUACCAGGCGACAUCAUCCGCGAGAUUGUCGGUGGUGAUGGCUUUUUCAUCAACGGCGAGUGGGAUCGAUGGGUCCUUGCCAAGCGUCUUCUUGAUCGUCAUCUCAAGACCCUUGCUAUCGAAGCUGGACUUGUUGACCCAGUCUCCUGGUCAAAGGUACGGAAAGCACCUGAGACUGCAAAUCUAAUGGCCGUACGCUUCGACUCAGUGUAUCGCAAGAAUGCCAUGGCAAACGGAGCCGCUCCAGAUGGCCUCCACCGCUGGAUCAGCUUAUACACUCAUCCUGAUAUCGAGCCCUUGUUAGUGCUUCUAGACGAAGGCAUACAUUACAUCCAUCUCGACUUCGAACAGUUGCAGUACAUCAGAAGAGCGAGAGAUAUCCUUGGACUACCAAUGAUGCCUGAUAAAGUCAUUUCAAACGCUCUUUGGAUGCAGAUGGAACUUCGUCAAAAAGUGUUGAAUGCCAAGGAUAUCGACAUGGAGUUGGGCUUAAGCGAAGGCAUCAACGAAUUGAGAAGUCCUCAUCUACGAGCAGCCUCUUUGACUGAGCCCUCGAUCAAAGGCAAGCAGAAAGUCGACAACUUGUCCGACGAGUUUGAAGACUUCGAUGAUGAAGAUAUUGCUUCGAACUCAUGGGAUGGAAAUGGCAAGCCUCGCAAGUUCUGGAUUCCAUCCGCAGACUGCAAUAUCGUGAUGGGCGGAGCAACCGAUCCUGCGAUGAUGCCGUCUCCCAACACCCAAUCUAAUCGCCUAUCUGCCACCAUUCAACCAGAAGAUGUUCAAUGGGCCUCCGACUUUGCUGCCAACCCAUCAGACACUCGAUCAAUCCCGCAGAUCAUUAGGCCUGACUCCGCUGCUGAUUCUGCCACUUCUGAACUGCGUCCUGUCAGUUACUCUCAUUUCCCACCAUUCAGAUUUGCCGUCGAGUUCCCGAGCCCUCGAUUGCUCAAAGAAAAGAAGCGUGUGUACAGUCGCACAAUAUUCUACUCCGGCUCCUGGUGGAAUCUGUACAUUCAAAAGGUUCGAAGGGGUAAGAACCCUCAGCUUGGAGUAUACCUUCACCGAGCCAAAGAGCGAGAGACGGAGGAAACACUGGCUGCAGGCGGGCCGAAUGUGGGGCAACUCACUUCUCAUCUCGAGCGCGACAUAAACAUGCGUCCUGAUCGCCGAGCUGAAGAACGCAGGCGUUUUCUGACUCGCAGACGCAGCGGUGAUGUGGUUGACGGUGAUGGUGCCGAUAGCAGUGGCAGCGCAGAACCAGAUGCAGGUCCUGCCGGUGUCGACACAACACCAAGAGCUCGAGGCCUUGGUGGAUACCGCAAGAGCAGCGAGUUGGAUGUCUUGUCCAACUUCCCUAUCAAACCUGCAUACUACGACGAACAAGACUCGGACUUCGAAGAUGAAGACCCUGAGAUUGCAAAGCUCACACGAAAUGUUCGUGUCCCGACACUGCCGCCGUAUGUCGAUAGUCGACCCACGAUCAAAACAUACUUCAAGAUAUACUCGCCUAGCAAAGGUGGACGUAUGUUGAGCGUCUAUGAGAGCGCUCCGGAUACAUUCAACUUCAGCCAGAGCUGGGGAUGGAAGAGCAGUACACUGAUGCUUGAUGAUGGUAUGCUCGGGGAUGAGGUCAACCCAGAAGCAGAGAUACCGAUGAAGGAUGCAAACAAGUUACGAUUUAUGAUUGUCAUUGGCAAUGUUUGAUUGCUGCUAGCGAGUUUGAUGGAGGAUUCUGACGGAUACCCUGGUAGUGUUUUAUUUCAUGGUUUCCUUCGAAGCAACAUUUCUAGCGUGGGCGCUUUCAUGGUCUCGAAUUAUCACGGUCGCUAUACACGUAUACAAGUAGUCAGCUCAGACAUCGUACUCUCAUGUUUCAUG